AUGACGAGUGAGCAGAUCACUGUGCCUCAGGUUCUUCUGGGCAGCCUCAGGGUUUUGGCCAACUUUGUGACUUUAUGCAAUGCUCAGUGCUGUGUCAUACCUAAUAAGAACACUCCAGGCGGUUUAUCUAAUGAGUUGGUCCUGGGGAGGCUGGGCAUCCUAUCCUUUCUAGCAGGCCUUGCUCUUGUCUCAAUGACAGCCCUGUUACAACCAUGCAUUAUGACAAAAACCAAGUGCCAGAAAAUCUUCAACAAGGAGAUCUGCAGCUAUAAGGUGGUGGAACAGAAUGAUCCAGAGAGGACCUGUAUUGUCCUGUAA